UCUCAGCUAGCUGUGGGUUCUGUAGUAGAUACGGCAAUAAAGUUGCCCAUCGGCUUACUAAAAUUGAUACAACAAAUAGUGCAGAAUGAAGUCGAUAUACCCGGCGGCUUGAAGACGGUUUUUCAAAGUCUCUCGUUACAUUUUGUUCACCAUUCCAGCGACCAGCCUGCCAUCAUGAAUGGGUUAGAGACAAGGGCGGAUGGUGUUCCGCAGGGCCCAGUCAUUGGGAUUAAAGAAGAAUUUGAAGUGGAAGAAACUGCUGUGUCUGCUGAUGCUUUUUCUGCCAAAGUGGAAAUAGAAGACAUUGAAGUGGAUGCCGCUGCUGCUGCUGCUGCUGCUGAAGUUGAAGUGGAAGUUGAAGACAUUGAAGUGGAUGAUAACUGUGCUAAAGUUGAAAAUGAAGAAGUUCAGGUUGCUGCGUCUGCUGAUGUUGCUGCGGAUGGUUAUCAGUUGCUUCGCAUUGGUGGCGUUGCCUCCUCCAUACUGCAGACCUCCUCAUCUGCAGGCCUCCCAGUUCUCCUCCUCAUCCAGAACUCCUCACCUGCAAACAUCAAAGUUGUACCGCAGCAGACUGCUACUGUGGACGUGGAUGUCAUAUCGCAACUGAGAGGGUUCUCAAAGUUGGAUUCACAAGGGAAAAAAGAUGUGAUGAAGCAUGAACGACCGACGCCGGAACUAAAGGAAUUACAGCAGAGGACAGGGCAGAAGAUAACCCGAUCGUUUCAAAGUGAGUGGUACAACCGAAAAGACUGGCUGUGUGGAUGUGCUUCAAGAAACCGCCUUUUCUGUUACCCGUGUCUCUUGUUUGGGACCUAUGAGAAUGUAUGGACUAACAAGGGAUUUAAUGACUUGAGAAAUCUACCAAGAGCCCUCCAGAAACACGAAUGCUCUUCUGCUCACAUUCAAAGUCAAAUUGCUUUGAAGACGUUUGGGACUUCUCCAAUAGACGUGGCCUUGAGUGAACAGCACCGGCUAAAUGUUAGCAAGCACAACGCCAAGGUGAAGGAAAACCGAGAGAUCUUAAAGCACCUCAUUCAUGCGACCUGCUUCUUAGCCAAACAGGGGUUGGCGUUUCGUGGUAAUGAUGAGAGCGCCAGCUCUUCAAAUCGUGGGAAUUAUGUCGAGCUGUUGAAUGCGUUUGCCGAGUUGGAUGAGAGGCUCGAAAGACACCUAGAGACAGCUACUGUAUUUUCUGGGUUGUCGGGUACAAUUCAGAAUGACUUAAUUGAAGCAGUGGGAGAUGUGAUCAGAGCUGAUAUCAAAAAGGAAAUUGAUGAUGCACCAUUCGUUGCUCUAGAAGUUGACGAAACGACAGAUGUGACAAACAGAACUCAGAUCUCCACGAUUCUACGUUAUGUUGCAACAAGUGAGGCGGGCUGUGAAGUGAAGGAGGCUUUUUUAGGGUUUGAUGAUGUCAGUGAAGACCGAAGAGCCCCUGCAAUAGCCCAGUACGUCUUGGGAGUGUUGGAGAAAUACAACUGCGUCGACAAAUUAGUUGCACAGACAUACGACGGGGCAGCUGUCAUGUCGUCAGAGCUGAAUGGUGUGCAAGCAAAGAUAAAAGAAAGAGUACCCGAAGCGAUGCUUACUCACUGUUAUGCGCACAAGUUUAGUUUAGUACUGCAACAUGCAGCAAAGUGCAUAGCUGAAUGCAGAAACUUCUUCAAAACUGUUGAGGGGAUAGGGAGGUUUUUCAGCAAGUCCACAAAGGCCUCUCGCUUACUGGAUGAAGUUGUGAAGCAGCGCUUACCAACAGCAGCGCCCACAAGAUGGAGUUCUGAUUCCAGACAUCUGCAAACCAUCAGCAUGUUCCAAUCUGACCUGCUCACGGUAUUCCGUACCAUCAGCGAUGAUCCAGACGGUUGGGAUAAUGACGCUGCAAUCAUGGCCUCUGGAUAUGAGCAGUGGCUGUCAAAACCAUCAACGUGCUUCCUCAUGAUGUUGUAUGAUUUCAUCUUCAAUGCAACGGAUGCUCUCUUUAGAGUGCUGCGAAAGAAGGCCAUGGAUUUUGAAUUGUGUUGUAAACGGAUUAAUGACACAAUUGAAGCUGUGGAACUAAAGAGACUGGAGUUUUACAGUUUCUACGAGCAGGUUGAGCAGAAAUGCUCCUCACUUGGUCUGACCGAUAGCAUGCAAAGUCAGAAGCCAGCCAGAGAUGAGCGGAAACGAUUGUUCUUGAACAUUCUAGACAAUGUCACAUCUCAGCUGAAAGCCCGAUUUGAUCACUUUGGGGAUCUAGCUUUCCUUGCAUUGAUCGAUUGUUCAAAAUUGAAGGAAAUGGCCAGACAUUGUGAUGAGACGAAACUGCAAAGCUUGUCAAAUUAUGCCAAGUUCUUUGACUUCGUCAGGCUAAAGGCUGAUCUGAUUGGACUGUAUUGCUCACAAGCAGUGAGGAAGGAAUGCAAAUCCCCUGUCCAGCUUCUCAGUUUUUUGGCCAAGAACAAACUGACGGAGACGGUCCCUGAAGCGACCAAGUUACUUCAACUGGCCCUCACGAUACCAGCUGUAACAGUGCUGGUGGACAGGUCUUCCUCUGCUCUGAAAAGACUCAAAACAUACGGGCGUAAUCGCACCUGUCAAGGACACCUUUCAUCCCUGGCAACCAUCGCUAUUGAGAAGGAGAGGCUUCUAAAACUGAGACAAGACAAGGAGGAUUUCUACAACAAAGUCACAGAGGUUUUCGUCCAGAAGGGGCGGCGCAUGGACUUCAUUUACAAAUAAAGGGCACAUCAUCAGUGAUGAAUCAUGGUGUCACUGGGUGUUUUGGGUCUUUCAGCAGCUGAACUGAACAGACAGGAGCCACUACUUGUGAGCAGGAUGGUGAAUCUGGCCUGGCUCCAGCCCUGAGCUCUGAGGUGGUCUGUUCAUCUCCAGAUCUGGUGUCCCUAUUUCAGCUAAAGAGAUUAUCAGUGCAGCUGGUCGACUGCCGAGCAUCUCCAGGGCAACAAGAAACAAACGACAAUAACAACAGAGACAGAGGAGAACCCAAAACUGACAAAACCUAUGACUGCCUACAAUGUGGGAAAAGCUUUUCAAGACCAAGCACUCUCACAAGACACCAGCGCAUUCACUCUGGAGAGACGCCUUACCAUUGCGAACAGUGUGGGAAACGUUGUGCUCGGGCGGAAGCUCUCAAAACCCACCAGCUCAUUCACACAGGGGAGACGCCUCACACCUGCCACCAGUGCGGAAAAAGCUUUCCGGAGCCCAGUAAACUUCGAGUACACUUGCGCACGCACUCAGGAGAGAAACCCUACCAUUGCGGACAGUGUGGGUCACGUUUUUCACAGCCACAUCAUCUCAAACGGCACCAGGUCAUUCACACGGGCGACAAGCCCCACCAUUGCCAACAGUGCGGAGAAACCUUCUCGCAGGCAGAUCAUCUCAAACGGCACCAGGACGUUCACACCAGAGAGAAGCCCUACCACUGUGGAGAGUGCGGACGAGGGUUUUCGCGGGCGGAGCACCUCAGAGAACACCAGCACACUCACGGCGGAGACACCAGGGAGAAGGCCUACCCCUGUGAACAGUGUGGGAAAAGCUAUACAGAGGCACGAAAGCUUAUUGUACACCAGCGUGUUCACAGCGGAGAGAGGCCCUAUCAUUGUGCACAGUGCGGGGAGAGUUUUUCGCUGGCAGGAACGCUCCAGCGACACCAGCGCAUUCACACUGGAGACAAACCGUAUCAGUGUGGACAGUGUGGGAUGAGUUUUUCACAGGCUUGGAAUCUCAGCAGACACCAACGCAGACACACAAGGGACAUGCCCUACUGAUGGACAGCUGGCAUCACUGAUGGAUGCAAACAACGCGAUGGCAGGGCAUCCACAACUUAGAGACUGCUACUGUGAUCCUUAUGGUACUUCUUGCACACAUGAACUGAAGCAUUACCGUGAAACCCACAGUACUUCGUGGCUGAACUGAAAUUGUUGACGCACAUAAGCGUCAAACAGGGAAUUGCUAGAAAUACACCAUGGAAUAAAAACGUACUCAACUACUGCUUGCUGCAGAUGAGUUUGAGUUAAGUGUCUGAUGGCCAGAGGUGGAAAGCGUAAAGAAAAGGUAUACUGAAGUGAAAGAAUCUUUGCUUUGCCUAAAUCCUACUCAAGUAAAAGUACCUAUCUUAACAUCUACUUGAAGUAAAAAGUACUUCACUUAAAAUGUAAUUUGAGUAAAAGUACAUAAAAUAUUUAUUUUUUAACAAAUGCUUUCCUCUCGAGAAUUCAAUGUGUCUUUUUCUUACAUCGUCUCUCAUAACCUCUAUCUCUUGCUUGGCACCAGUACAAGUAAAAAUACAAUGGUGGAAAUAC